GGCAUUAUUAUGGUUGUUUCCGCUUACAUAUUUUCCCAGAGAUCUCAAGUGAGGAACUGCUUUUUUAAAAUUUGUAUUAAACAGGAAGUAAUUGAUUAAAAGUAAUUAAUUGAUACUUUGUUUGUGUUAAAAUUGUGAGGAUACACUAUACCAAGGAAAGAUACAUGAAAAUGGUAAGAAGACGUUGUCUGAAAUCCGUCCUGCUGUGUAUUCUGUUUGUUCUUGGCAAUCUGCUACUGUUGGCCAUCAUACAAAUCAUGACAUGGAGCUCAGGUAACACUCCAGGAUAUCAUGCAUUGCUGUCAAAGAACCCCAUUUAUUACGAGAAAUCAAAUAAUCCCCGUGCAACAGAAAGGGGGGAACAUCAGAUACAACAGAGUCAGCGUGAAACUGAAUUGGACCGUGUUCAUAAGAAAAGAAGAGAGCAUCUCCAAGAGAUAUGUCGUUACAAGAAGAUGACCUUCCUCGGUUUCAGCCCAGAAAAUGCCGUCAGAAAUCACUUUGUGUUUGAUCAAAAUUCUCGAAUUCUCUAUUGUGCAAUGGAGAAAGUAGGGUCUACAUUUUGGAGAAGACUAUUUCAGAUUCUUGCCGGAAAAUCAAAGUCUAAGAGUCCAUUUGAUAUUGAUCCGGGUGAUGCUUUAGGAGGAAAUGUCAAAACCUUUUCAGACCUUCCAUUCUACAUGAUCACAGCAAUCGUUUCCUCAUACAAGAAAUUCAUCAUCGUCAGAAAUCCAUUCGAACGCCUGUUUUCUGGUUACAUAGACAAAAUAUUUAGUCUCACGUUUUCACAUAUUGGAAAACACAUUGUUCUUACACAGCGACCAAAUGCAACACAUCAUAGUAAACAAUGUGGCCAUGACGUCACAUUCGCAGAGUUUGUAAAAUACUUUAUUCAAGGCGAACGCACUAAGAAACACCGGGAUGGGCAUUUUAUUCCAAUGUAUGAUCAUUGUAAGCCAUGCCAGAUCGGAUACGAUUACAUAGCAAAAUUAGAGACUCUAGAAAAAGAUACGAUAUAUAUUUUGAAGCAGUUAAACUUUAGUUCGAUGGCUUCCAGUCUUGAGAAAGGCUUUAAAGAAAAAACGAAAAACGACUCCGCAGAAGAUCAAACUGAACUUCUUUUCAGAUAUAUGAAGGUUCUUGAAAAGUGUAUUUCCCGACAUGAAAUUCAGAAAAUAUUCUGGAGAAAGGAGCAGAUCCGAGGAAUUAUUGAUCCCGACAUCCGGUUCCCUUUCUCUGAAAAAGAGUCUUCAAGUUUAACACAGGAACAAUAUCUUGGCGCACUUUAUCGGUCAGUGGGAAGAACCAGAAGUAAAGAGAUGGCGAAGAAGUUUCGUCGUGAUGCCAUGUUAAAAGCAUACUCUACGAUCCCUAAAUCCGACCUGGAGGCAUUGAAAGAGAUAUUUAAACCAGAUUGCGAAAUAUUUGAUUAUGACUGCAAUUCUGUGUAGAUACUAAAUAUUUUUGCAACCAGAAAAUACUUUUUUGGAAAAGUAUAUUUUUUCUAAAGUGCUGUAUAACAUGUAUCAUGCCUCAAAUAAUGAAAAAGUAAAACUACAUGGUGCAAAACG